GAUCACUCAAGAGCAGGAUCCGUCCACAUGCUGUCAGUAGCUGGAAACACCAGUGGCGCGCAGCGCACCAAACUGAGCGCACGGAAACUUGUUUAUUAAGCCAUCAUUUUCUUUCUAAAAUCGAUUCAGUGGAUACUUAUAAUUUGCCACAUCCUGACCUUUGGCGCAUUUACUUUCUUGCAUGAGCAUGACGAAUGCUGUUCAUAUGACAGAUUUUACUUGAGGCUAUAAGAGUGAACGCGAAAUGGAGACGUUUACACUACAUGACAUGCUCAUGAAUUCAACGGAUCUCAGCAGGAUUUUAUGCAAUUUGGGCAUCAAGAAUACUUCGGAGUGCGAGAGCGAGCCGAAACCCCCGCCCGAGCCUAAAGAUAUCAACCAGACAGUGCGGAUUGUCCUCUACAGCCUCAUCUUCCUCCUCGGCGUUCUGGGCAACAGCCUUAUCAUCGCGGUCCUGGUGAGGAACCGACGCAUGAGGACCGUCACCAACCUCUUCCUGCUGUCUCUGGCCGUCAGUGACCUGAUGGUCUCUCUGGUCUGCAUCCCCUUCACGUUCAUCCCCAACCUCAUGCGGAACUUCAUCUUCGGCAUCGGAAUGUGCAAACUGGUCACGUACUUCAUGGGUGUCUCAGUAAGCAUUUCCACCUUCAACCUGGUGGCCAUCUCUCUGGAGCGCUACAGUGCCAUUUGCAACCCGCUGACCUCCAGGACAUGGCAGACCAAAUCCCACGCAGCCAAAGUCAUCACUGCCAGCUGGGUGGCCUCUUUUAUCCUGAUGCUGCCCUACCCCAUUUCUAGCACCCUCAUGUCUUUUACCCGCUUCGACAACAGCACCGGAAACAUGUGCCGCCUGAUCUGGCCCAAUGAGGUCAUCCAGCAGUCCUGGUACGUGUCUCUGCUACUGCUGCUCUUCCUAAUCCCUGGGAUCGUCAUGAUGACAGCCUAUGGACUCAUCUCCCUAGAGCUCUACCGGGGCAUCAAGUCUGAGCUGUCCAACAGAAAAUCUUGCAGAGACAGACAAUCCAGCACUGGAAGCAUCAAGCCAGGGGACAGUGAUGGCUGUUACCUGCAGCCACUGAAAAAGAAGAGCAUCGCAGUGAGUACAGGCAAUGUCGCCAACUCCGGCAGCAUGCCUGUGGUGGUGCGUGUGUGUGGCAGCAACGCUACAUCCAACCUGAUGGCCAAGAAGCGUGUGAUCCGCAUGCUCCUGGUCAUCGUCUUCCUUUUUUUCCUUUGCUGGACUCCUGUCUUUGUGGUCAACGCGUGGAAGGCUUUUGACAAGCGCCCGACGUACCAUUUGACCGGUGCGCCCAUCUCCUUCAUCCACCUGCUGUCCUACAUGUCGGCCUGCGUCAACCCCAUCAUCUACUGCUUCAUGAACAAGCGCUUCCGCCAGGGCAUGCUGACUACCUUCACUUGCUGCAGCUGUUUCGGGAGGAGCAGCGGAGAGAGCAGUGGCUUAGAGAAGUCACCUGGAAACACAGUGGCCAAAAGGGAAGUCAAAUCAAAAGCGGGGCCAAAGACCACUGAGCAGAACGGUCACUACUCGCCAAACGGACCCAGCACACGCUUUACCUACACUGGCAUCCGUGCAUCAGAGUCGACUUAAACUGGACUGAUAUACCUGAGUGCAAACACUUGAAGGGAAUCUGCGUUGUACUGUUUUAAUGUAAAGCCCUCACAGCGCUUAUAGGAUCCGUUUGUGAGCAGCUAUGUUGCUUUAGCUUGAAGUGCAAUGUGACGUGGGUACGGUAGCUGAAGCUUGCAGUGUACAGGGAAGCUGACUGAUGCUUGAUCAUUUAAAACCAAGAAUGUUUUUAUGAAGCAUGUAGUUUACCGUUCUCUGUAUAUUCUCUUAAAACAUUUUAGGUGUUCCUUCUACCACGUCCUGUGUGGUAGGCAGGCAGUUUUUGUUUUUUUACACCAAGGUCUCCCACCUGGUUCUUCAAGAAAGAACCUGCAGAAAGUACUAAGCCCAGGUAGAAUGACUGAUAACAAUUCUACAAAACAUCUUUUAUAUAUACAUUACCUACUAUCCAGAGAGCCACUGCUUGCCAUUCAAUUCUGUCCAAUAGGAAAAAAUCCUUUUGAAACUCUCUUAACUUGUGUAAUCCACCAUACUUUCAUUAUUGCAGUUUAAAGCACAGUGCAUCAAGUCUCAACAAUAAUGUAAUGUUGACAUUUUGGCUCAUUAUCUUUUUUUGUUGUUGUUGUUGUUGAGAAUUAGAUGACAAGAUGGAUACCACUCUCUUACCCAUGUUAACCUGUGAUGAGAGGCAGGCAGAUUUGUGAUUAGGAACUGGUCGCAGUCUGUCCAGUGCACAAAGUACAACCACCAACACCUCUAAAAGUGACUAAUGAAUACUCGGCAUAUCCUUUGUUUAAGCCAUACUCAAACAGAAACGUAAGAGCAAGCCCGUUCUGUUUGUGUACUAAUGCUAUGUUUGUUAAGCUAACAUAAUCACCCCCCCAGCUCCGGCUCUAUAGACUACUUGAUGCGGAAGCAAAUACACUAUUCCUUUACCAUUCACCUUGACAACUGUGUGAUUUGCUGUAUGGAAAAUAACUGCAAACUAAGAACUGAAAGCUAGGAAAGCAAGUCUUAACAUAAAGGUCAUCAGGAAUUGUAAACUAUUCAUGAUUUGUAGUAAAGCUCACUGGUAUGGCCCUUUAAUUUCUGCCAGGGGCUCAGUGUAACACUCAAACUUGUAAACAGGCAUUCAUUUGUCAUUUUCAGCAGCGUAACCACGCUCAGCAGCUUCAAGUUAGUCACAAAUAGUUCUGCACUCGUCCUUGACCCACUGUGUGUGUGUGUGUGUGUGUGUGU